AUGGGGGGCCUGAGGCCCUGGGCCCGCUGCGGGCUACUGAUGGUGGUCCACCUGCUGGCUCUAGGGCUCGGGGCUGUGGUGUUCCAGGCCCUGGAGGGGCCUCCAGCACUCCAGCUCCAGGCCAAACUCAGGGCUGAACUGGCCACUUUCCAGGCGGAGUACGGGGCAUGUCUGCCAACCGGGGCACUGGAGGAGCUGCUGGGCACCGCCCUGGCAGCCCAGGCCCAUGGGGUCUCCAGCUUGGGCAAUGGCUCAGAGGCCAGGAACUGGGAUCUGCCCUCAGCCCUGCUCUUCACUGCCAGCAUCCUCACCACCACGGGUUAUGGCAGCAUGGCCCCGCUAUCGGCAGGAGGAAAGGCCUUCUGUGUGGUGUAUGCAGCCCUGGGGCUGCCAGCUUCCCUAGCACUUGUGGUCACACUGCGCCACUGCCUGCUGCCUCUGCUGGGCCGCCCGGUCGCCUGGGUAGCUGUCCGUUGGCAGCUGGCCCCAGCCAGGGCUGCACUGCUGCGGGCAGCUACGCUGGGUCUGCUAGUGACUGGCACCUUCGUGCUGCUGCCAGCACUGGUGCUGUGGGGCCUGCAGGGCUACAGUGGCCUGCUGGAGGCCAUCUACUUCUGCUUCGGCUCGCUCAGCACCAUCAGCCUGGGGGACCUGCUGCCUGGCCAUGGCCGUCACCUGAACCCAGUGCUUUACCACCUUGGCGAGAUGGCACUUCUUGGUUACCUGCUCCUGGGGCUCCUGGCCAUGCUGCUGGCAGUGGAGACGUUCUCGGAGCUGCCACAGGUCCGUGCCAUAGUGAAGUUCUUUGGGUCCAGUGACCCUUUGUCCACUGAGGACCAAGGUGGCAUCCUAGGCCAGGAUGAACUGGCUCUAAGCACCCUGCCACCCUCAACCACAGCCCCAGAACAGGUCCUGGCUUGCUGACAGGUGUCAGGUGAUGGAGUUAACUCCUUUCAGGGGAAGAAGCCGGAGGAGGAAGCCUCUAGCGAUGGGAGGGGAGGGUGUCUGUGAGGACCUCCGAGAAUAAAAUGUUAACAAAACAGGUCCUGACUAGUGUGGCUCAGUGGAUUGCGUGCCAGCCUGUGAA